AGGGGAGAUUACUCUAUUUAUAUUUUUAAAAAAAAGAAAAAAAGAGUUGUAAAUCGUGUCAGUAGCCUACACACAUUAUUUGUUUACUAUCGGUUUGUUUGUAAUUGUAUGGACCAAGUAGUAUAAUAAAAAAGGGUGAAGACUGAUGCUGUUUUUACCUUCUAUUCCAGUGUUAUUGAUGGAUAUUUUCUUCAAAGAGAUUCACCAAUAUGACUGAAGCAAUUGGAGGUGGGGCUCCACUUCCUCCCAAGAGGCCAACUAUUAUCAGAUCUCAAGUGGUGACAUCUGAUGCAGAUGGAGGUACAGCUGCCUCUAACAGAAAGGCUCCGGCCCGGCCAGCUCCACCCCCACCAGCCCGUCCUGCUCCCCCUCAGCUGAAACCCCCACAAGAACAAGAUGGAGAUGGAGAUAUUUCACCAAGACAUGCUGUGCCGGCAUCCGUUCGUAGCUCAAGUCCAAGGAGGUCAGGCGGCUCGGUCAAAAAACGUCCAGAAAUCACCAUUGUUGGAGCUCAACCUAUGAGUCAGGUUGGUUUCCGUGAUGAGAUUCAUAAAGGUACAAGUGAAAACGAGCACCACACUCCACCACCAACAACGAAACCCCCCGAUAUUCCUCAAGUGCGAGAACCACCACCUAGACCAGUGUCGAUGGGCAGACCACCGCGACCAUCAUCAAGAUCUGUCGUGGAUGAGGAUUGUCCUGACAACAUUCCACCUCCGUCCAUUACACCGACGCUUGUGCCUUCUCUUGUUUCACCCACUCUGCAGCCGCCUCGGCCCAGCAGACCCACGAACUGGGAUAGUGAUGCAGCCAUUCUCCAGGCCAGGAAAUCACCAACGCAACCAGAUCAUGAUAACACAAUGGUUAACAAACAAGCUCUACCAACUAGACCUCCAAGAUCACCAAUCGUAUCACCCAAAACUCAGCAGCAUAAUUUAGAGGAAUCAGACGUAAAGAGUUCUUCAGAGUUGACAGAAGUAAGCCAGGAAGAACAAAGGAAACAGCCUCCUCGACCUUCCAGACCUACCAUAAUCCGACCGAAAAGACCACAAAGGACUCCAGUUAUCGAGGACAAAGAUUACUCGCAAAAUGAAGAUCUUAAUUCAGCUGCAAAUGGUGGAGUUACAUCGUAUGAUGUGGAAGAUGGUGUUCAUGAUGGUGGAGCAGCUGUUUUUUCUGUUGCUGCAAAACCACAGCCCAGAAAAAGCCUGAUUAAAACAGACAGUGAUUCAAAUGAAGGUACUGUUGGGGAUAACAACGAUAACAACGGCUCUGGUGAGCCACUUUAUGCUGUGAUAAACAAAAAACGACCAACAUCGCUUGCUAAACCUCGCGUGUCGCCAAGAGAACAGAAAGUUGAUGCCAAACCAUCUGCUGAUGGAACACCUGGUGAUGAUCAUGCUCUGCCGUUUAAAGUGAAGCUUAGACCCACCGUUGUGAAACACACAGAACCAGAUCCUAGUUGUGAUGGCUCAGAGAGAGGCAGUACUGAUAUGUCUUCGAAAUCACCUCGUCCAGUGUCUGCCAAACCCAAGCCACUUCCAAAACCCAAGCCUGUAGCCAAACCUUCGAAACAGGAGUCAUGGGCUGAUAAAAUUAAGGAUUUUGAUUCUUUAAUAUCUGGACCUAGCAGUAAAAAAAAGGACACUGUCUCUAGCCAUACAAGAAAGGACAUUGGCUCCAGCAGUAUGAAAAGAGAUACUGGGCCUAGCAAUACAAGAAAAGAAAUUAGUUCUAGUAGUGCAAGAAAGGAUGUUAGUCCUAGGACUGCAAGAAAAGACAUUACGGAAAAGGACAUUGGUUUUAGUAGUACAAGGACAGAGAUUGAGAUAGAAGACUAUGAAAAUAAAAGCAGAGAAGCGGUGGUCUCGGACCAGAUUGUGAUCAAGAGGCCAACUAUUAUACGACCACCACCGAAACCAGCCAGGGUGACUUCGGAUGAUGGAGAUGCUGGGACUGAUCAGACUGGUGCUACCACUCCUGACAGUUCAGAUCAGAAUAACUCAGGUCCACCGUUACCUGCUAGAAGACCAGUUUCACUAGCAGCAGCCAUGUUUGAACAAAAUAAAGACUCCAAAGCUGAAUCCAUGAGACAUUCACAGAAGGUAAAAAAGUUGGAUGCUGUAGAACAAUGUGGUAACCAUUCUGAUGGUUCUGACGAGAGUAAGUCAGGACCACCAUUACCUGCCAGAAGACCUGUUUCUCAAACAGCAGCUGUCUUUGAACAAGCCAGAGUGGUCAAAGAUGAAUCUUUGAAUAAGCGACAGCAACAAAAAAUGCAUGUUGUAGAACAGUCUGCUAACAAAGAUGGUCCGAACGAAGGUCCAGGUAGACCAUCAAAUGCUCCUGUUCCAAGGACAAGAAAAUCACCUUCAGAUGGUUCAGAAGUUAAAGCUGUUCCAAGAACAAGAAGAUUGCUUCCAGACAGUGCAGAACAUAAACCAGUGACAGAUCAGCAGUCUCCAUCAUCUGAUGGAAGACCCUCUCCUGAACCCAUUGAGAAGGUGUCGCCCACUUCUCAUCAUCACGAUCAUUCUCCACAGCAUCCUGCCAGGCCAUCAGGCAGACCUCCCCCACCCAAGAUCUCCACCACACAGAUGACUGUCACAAAGGUUACAGUAGUCAGCGAUGCACUGAAGGGACCACCCCGACCAAGUGGAGGCCCACCACGGCCUGCUGGGCCACCACCAUCUCCAAAAGCAAGCACCCCCGGGCGGCCCAGUCCUCCAAAAUCGUCAGUUGGAAAAUCGUCAUCCAAAGUGCCAGAGCUACCAAGUCGACCGAGUCCCGGACAUCCCUUGUACCACUACAUGAUGCAUCAACCACACGGCAUUGCUCAGUUCGACUACACAGCAACUCAAGAUGAUGAGAUCUCAUUCACAGCAGGUGAGACAGUACUACUGGAACGUCGUAUCGAUGCUAACUGGUUGGUUGGUAAAAUUGGCGACAAAACAGGCAUGUUUCCAGCAGAGUUUGUUCAAGUCAUACGUCCACUGGAUGAUGAGAUGACAGACGAGACUCAGGCUGAAUAUUUAGUUGCACCAGAAGAGACUCAGUUUUAUCAUGACACAGAAUCAUCUGUAACAUCUGGACCUCGCUGUAUUGCGCGAUUCGACUUUGACGGGGACGGGACAGAUGAUUUGACAUUUGAGGAAGAUGACGUCAUCCGACUGAUAUCGACAAUGGGCUGUGAUUGGAUGAGAGGAGAACUCAAAGGAAAGGAAGGCAUCUUCCCGAUUGCGUUUGUAGAUAUUAUCGAGCCGCUCCCAGACGAUGCAUACAGACCCGACAGCUUCUUUGUUACCAUGGAUUCAGAUUAUGUGGGGAAAGAAGAAGAAGAAUUGUCUUUCAAGGCUGGAGACACAAUAAAGCUUCUUGGUCGACUAGAUUCGUAUUGGCUGAUAGGAGAAUCUAACACUAGAGAAGGCAAGUUUCCUGCCAGUUUGGUUUCUACGCCUCUACCCCCAGAACUUCCUGACUAUGAACCGCCAGCUCACCUGGUUCAAGAGCAAGAGACCGAGAGUCACCAUCUCUCAACAGAAGCUUCCCAUUCAGACGGCACGCCAUUUGCCACAGCACUGCACGACUUUGGUGGGGAACAAGAUGGCGACCUUUCAUUCCAGGAAGGGGACAGGAUCGAACUUGUCGAUCGAGUUGGAACCGACUGGUACAGGGGACGUCUUCAUGGCAAGGAAGGGAUGUUUCCUGCUGCUUUCGUUCAUGUAGAAAUAGACUUACCAGAGUUUUCUGCCCCUGAUUCACCGGAAGGUUACACCGCUCCAGACCACCCACUGACUGUGAAGAUUGAGGGAAAAGCUUUGUAUGACUUCGAAGGCCAAGGAAAUGAGUUGUCUUUUAAGAAAGGAGACCUCAUCGUUCUAGGCCAGCGUGUGUCUGAGGACUCUGACUGGCAGUAUGGGACACUGAACGGGAAGGACGGCAUGUUUCCGGCAAGUUUUGUCGACAUUCUGUAAUGAUGGAAGUGUUAGACACAAGGUUCUCAUAUCAAGCUAUCUGUGAAAUCCCUCGACUAAUUCUCUGAAUGACAAACACAAGGAUUUUUAGACAGUUUUGUCAAUAUUCUGUGAUUAUAACCAUAAAUGUGUACAAGUCUGAACAACAAAAAACAUUACAAUAAUUUAAGCUUGUAUCUGUGUACACGACAAGAGACCAAAGGAUGUUUUGAGACUUUGUGGAGGUAUACUUCCAUGAAUUAAUGUCAGGUGCUUCAUGCUUGUAUCUGUGUACAUGACAAGAGACCAAAGGAUGUUUUGAGACUUCGUGGUGGUAUACUUCCAUGAAUUACCAUCAGGUGCUUUAUACUUGUAUCUCUGUACACGACAAGAGACCAAAGGAUGUUUUGAGACAUCUUGGUGGUAUACUUUCAUGAAUUACCAUCAGGUGCUUUAUACUUGUAUCUCUACACGACAAGAGAUCAAAGGAUGUUUUGAGACUUUAUGGAGGUAUACUUUCAAGAAUUACCAUCAGGUGCUUUAUACUUGUAUCUCUACACGACAAGAGACCAAAGGACGUUUUGAGACUUCGUGGUGGUAUACUUUCAUGCAUUACCAUCAGGUGCUUUAUGCUUGUAUCUCUGUACAUGACAAGAGACCAAAGGAUGUUUUGAGACUAUGGAGGUAUACUUUCAUGAAUUACCAUCAGGUGCUUUAUACUUGUAUCUCUACACGACAAGAGACCAAAGGAUGUUUUGAGACUUCGUGGUGGUAUACUUCCAUGAAUUACCAUCAAGUGCUUUAUGCUUGUAUCUGUGUACAUGACAAGAGACCAAAGGAUGUUUUGAGACUUUAUGGAGGUAUACUUCCAUGAAUUAAUGUCAGGUGCUUCAUUUAUAUAAGAACAGCUUCUCUCCAGCAUGAUAUAUGCUUUCUUCUUAGUUCUUCUUUAGGAGGACUUUAUUUUCAACACUGGUUUGUCAAAUCUCAACUGAAUAACGGGUCAAAUUUUUAUUUUUGAAGGGGUUACCUUCAGUUUAAUAACAAAACUACGGGCAGUAAGACCUGAUGGAGGGGCCCCAAGGCAAACCUUUCCUUCAAAAGAGGGGCAUGAAAGGCAAAUUUUAAUUUUCUGUCAAGUUUUCUCAGACGAAAAUGAUACCACCCUGGUGCCAUGGGUUUCCUAUCGUAUACAGUUUACUGGAUACAGAUUGAGGGCUCGAAAUAUCAGUAAAAUAUGGUCUAAAAAAUGGACUGCUUUUUGCUUUUCGCAGGCUGCAAUUUCGAGCCCUGUUAUCAUUAUUACCAGUGAUAAUUUUACAAUAUGUUACAUAUACAACAUGGAACCUAUGAGAAAGACACAGUGGCAAACCAUGUUGGGAACCAUGGCAUUUUUCUUGGCACCAACAACAUCCAAUGUUUGGAGCACAACGGCAAGUAAGGAGGGCAAUCACAGCGCUUGUUGAUGUUGCCAUGGCAAAUUCAAACUCUGGAACAAGAUGUUUGUAUGACAUCAAGAUAAAUGGAAAUCUUGUGCCAAUUUUCAGUGGAAAGCGGCAACACAGAUGUACGUUUAGCUCUGUUGUUAGAAGUGUUGCUAAGGACCUUUGUAAUAUAUCAAGCCGUCUGCGAAGUCCCCGUAACCAGUGUUGGACAUAACAGUGUGCACCAAGCCAAUAAAACAACUGGCAUUCACAUUUCAGGGCCCAUAGUUUCGAAGCCAUCUUAGUGCUGCGAUAUCGUAAAACAGUCUGCGACUAAGAUGUGUGUGUGUCGUAGUGGCAUCAUAGCCUAAGAUAAUUUUAUGAUGUCAUGGUGCUAAGAUACUUCGAAAGUAUGUAGUCUGCUUUUCAUUUUCACCAGUGUGCUUCUGGUCAUAAUGCCACAAUGUACAUAGCUGAACUGAACUCUUAUGGGGCUAAGUUAUUUAUAAAUUUGAUCAUUUUCGAUCUUAAGUGCAAUUACACUGAUUUCAGUUAUAACUCUGUGGAUUUCUGUCUUGGACUAUAUUAUUUUUUUAAUUGUUCAUUAUAUACAUUUUUUCCUAGGUGUAGUUACAUCACUUUUGACAAAAUUAUGCUUUAUAUUUUUAAAUAUUUUGUCUAUAUAUUUAUCAUAUUUUUAUAAUAUUGUUAGAUCUAUAGAGCCAAAAGGUGUUGUCUCCAUUGUUCUCAAAAUGGCUUUAAAUGCCUUCUUAUUUUUUAAUAAUCUGAACUUACUAAAACAAAGUACUACUUGGCUAAUGCAAUGAAACCCCUCUAAACCGGACAACCAGGGGACCAAGUACAAAGUCUGGUUUUAAGGCAUUUUGCGUUAAGACAGGUUUUUAGACUGAAAAUUUGAGGGAAUUCCUAUUUACUGAGGGUUUAAUUUCUAGAGGUUUGACUGCAAGUAAAUUCUGCUAGCAGGAAUACGUUAUGUUUAUAAACCACCCUCGUAGCCACAAAACUUUGAGAUAACACUUUCAGGCUUUCAACAGUAGGACGUAUGGGUUAUGGUAAUAUUCCUUUACGUUAGUGAGUAGGUCAUUGGAUUCUUACAGUCACCAUUUCAGUAGAAAUGUGUUAUUUGAUAGAUUUAAUACAUGCGGCAUGUUGUUUCUCAACUUGAUGUGGCAGUGCGUAGGCUACAUUCUCUACUUAUAAGAACAUUACAAUAUGUAGAGUUUAUCAAUUGCUUUAUACCAAUUACUUUUCAUUUAUUUAUUUUUUGGUUUAGGGGAGAUUGAUUUGUUGUUAUAUAAUUAUAGGCACAGACUAUAAAAUCAGGGAUUUUUAGGAUUGUCUGCAAUUUCUUUAACAUUCAUCAUUGCUAUGGCUGCAUCAAUGGGAUAACUUCAAAUUGUAGUGAAUAUAUCAGAAAUUUAAUUAUUUUUUAUUGAAGGUAACCAUUCCUGGGCCUAAAUCACAAAUUAUUGUAAUGUUUAGGUUAAAUUCCAGUAUGAUAAAAUGCUUGUUAUAAUUACAUAGUUGAGAACAGUAUAGAAUAUUUAAUAUAUUUUUUAUGCAUAUUACAGUGGGUUUUUAAAAUUAAUAUUUAAUCUUUUGAAAGAAACUGCAUAGUAAUUACAAUAAAGUAUUCACGUUUUUAAAGAGAUAGAACAUACAAAAUUUAUAUUGUUCUUUACAUUAUUGAAUAUUACUAUUAGUACAUUGUUUUAUAUUAUUAAUUAUUUUUGUUAUGGUGGAGGAUUUUCUCCUUCCUGUUAUAUUGCCUCUUCUACUUCACUGGUUGGAGCAUUAUGCAAUAUUCCUGUUAAUUGUCCACAUCACGGUACACAUUUUACUGUACAGUGUUCAGUAAACACACAAUGUGUAUAAAGAUUGAACAUGCAUGUAAAACAUGGCUUUACCUACAAGGUACCACAGUUUGUCAAUUUAUUGAAACUGAUUUUUAACCAAUCAGACGCUGAGAUCAGUUCAGUGCAGAUCUGUCAGUCUAGGUUUUUGCUCAUUUUAGAAAAAUGCUAAUAUUAGCUUUAAAACACCCAAUUUGUAGAUUUUUCUUUCAUUUAUUAAUUUCAAGUUGUGGGUUACAAAGGAGAAAUGGAUGAUCAGAAAUAGGUUUUGACAUGCAGCAUAUUAGAGUUGGUGUUAAGUGUGCAGAUCGGUGUCUAAAUCUGUGCUGACAGGGUGGACCGUGCUACAAGUACCUCAUAGUUGACAUAGAUAACUGAGUUUUAAGGAGUAGUUUGUGAGACCAAAGUCCACAAUAAAUUCUUGUUAAAGAAAAAAUAUUAUUUUACAUAAUUCAUUAAAAUUUACACAAUCAUUUCCACCCAUUUUUCAUCCGUGUUGAUAGAAAUAACAAUGAGGUGCUAUUUUCUUGCACCUCUUCUUUAUGUGUUGUAUAGACAGACUUGGAGAAGUGCCGUAAAGAUGGCUACAAAUCCUUGGGUACAAAAGUGAAAGAAACAUUCUCUUCCAAGAUGAAAAGGAAAUGGUUAUCAAGACUUCAAAGAUUUUCAUAACAAAUUAUUUUUAAUACAUAUAUAGUGGCAUCUGUAUAAACUGACAUGACCAUAGAGUCACGUUCAGUGAAAUUAGCUGGAAGUAUAAUAAUAUUGUCUAAUCUGGCACUGUGUGUAUACCAGCACAUUUUGUUAGUCUUCCCUUGAAUCUAGUUCAGACAGUCUCAUUCACUAGUUCAGCAUAUUUAUAGCAUAAUUUGUAAGAUAAUUUAUCGGUGAUGAAGUUUGUAUGAUGAUGUUUGAACAAAUGUUUUUCUACCAAGAUAGUGUCGCUAUAUUGGCCCUGUUUGAAUGAAUGCUUUACUACCAAGAUAGUUAAUAUUGGUUGGAAUGGUCAUGGUUGGAAUUCAUUGUGACACCAACUUGUAAGCAUCGCUAACAAAGGAUAGUGGCACAAUGGAGAUCAACCCCAGUGACCAACAUGGCGUUUAGCCUCAUUGCAUAAUAAAUUACAUAACUCAUUUCUAGAGGUUUUGAGAAAAAGGAGGAAAAAAAAACAACUUCAUGUUUAUACAAGCAGAAAUUAAUUCUUUAAAAAUUAUUUGAACAACAAACAUUUUUCUUGCCUUUAUUGUUUAAAUAUUUUGUUCAAGAAUUCA